AUGGGUAAUAUGCCAGGUGGAAUGGGAGAGGGCGGCCCUCCCUCAGAUGGCCGAAACGGUAAGGACGACGAUGACAAGGUAAAGAAGAAGAAGAAGCGCUUCGAGCCCCGUCCUGCCAAUCGUCAAGGUCGUCGUCGACGCCGAAAGGGUCCAUCUGGACUCAACAAGACUCCAACGAUCCUUCCUACUUCGAAGUGUAAGUUGAGAUUGCUCAAACUGGAGCGAGUCAAGGAUUACCUGUUGAUGGAGCAAGAGUUUAUUCGAAACCACGAGGUGUUCAAGCCACACGAAGAAAGGGAUCAAGAGGAACGCGAAAAACUCGAAGAACUGAGAGGUAGCCCGCUUGGAGUUGGGAAUCUCGAAGAGUUGAUCGAUGACAAUCACGCUAUUGUCAGUUCUUCUGUUGGACCUGAGUACUACGUCAAUAUUUUGAGUUCCGUGAAUCAAGAUCUUUUGGACCCUGGUUCAAGCGUUUUGUUGCACAACAAGACAAUGAGCGUUGUCGGUAUAUUGCAAGAUGACACGGAUCCAAUGGUUAGUGUCAUGAAAGUGGAAAAGGCUCCCCUGGAAACAUACGCAGAUAUCGGUGGGUUGGAGGAUCAGAUUCAAGAGAUCAAGGAAGCUGUGGAACUGCCGCUCGCUCACCCAGAACUAUACGAAGAUAUCGGAAUCAAGCCUCCAAAGGGUGUGAUUCUGUACGGUGAACCUGGUACCGGAAAGACACUUCUUGCGAAGGCAGUUGCGAACCAAACGUCGGCCACCUUUUUGCGUGUGGUCGGAUCAGAGUUGAUCCAAAAAUAUCUUGGUGACGGUCCAAAGUUGGUCAGGGAGCUGUUUAGAGUUGCAGACGAUUUAUCGCCGACUAUUGUGUUUAUUGAUGAAAUUGAUGCUGUUGGAAGUAAGCGUUACGAUUCGUCCAGUGGAGGUACCAGAGAGAUUCAAAGAACAAUGCUCGAGCUCUUGAAUCAACUGGAUGGUUUUGAUGAACGGGGGGACGUGAAGGUAAUCAUGGCAACCAACAGAAUUGAGUCAUUGGACCCUGCAUUGAUUCGACCUGGCCGUAUCGACCGUAAAAUCGAAUUUCCACUGCCGGAUACCAAGACAAAGCGACACAUUUUCAACAUUCACACAAGCAAAAUGACUCUUGCAGACGACGUGGACCUCGAGAAAUUUGUCAUGUCAAAGGAUGAGCUCAGUGGGGCUGAUAUCAAGGCAGUGUGCACAGAAGCGGGUAUGUUAGCUUUGCGAGAACGUCGCAUGAAGGUCUGUCAAGAAGAUUUUGUAAAGGCCAAAGAGAAGGCCCUCUAUCGAAAGAAGGGAAAUGUACCAGAAGGACUUUACCUUUAA